AGAUCGUUGUUGUCCCUAGAGAAGAAGAAUAGAGAACUGAGGGGAGUGGUUUUAGUGGAGUGGCUUGUUGUGCACGCGUUUGGAGUGUGUGAGAAGGAGGCAUUGGGCACCCAGGCUGUGGCGACCCCAAUCUUAGUGAGCAAGCCAGGCGAGAAAGGGAGGCGCGCAGGUGUAUGGGCUUGCCUCGGGCGCUGCUAG